AUGCAGAUGCCUAACCACCUCAUAAUUGUCUGCUGCCACGCAAUUUACCUCGGUGGGCCGAGUAAAGGUCGCGACGAGGAGGAAUGGCUAAUCGAGCGGUUUCAACAUGGGGAAACACCGACAUUCACAGAGCAUGUCAAGGCUGGGAUUCGGCUUUUGGCAGGGGAUGAGGGGGCGUUGCUUGUUUUUUCUGGAGGCGCAACGAAACGGCCUGCGACUGAACUGGCGGAAGGGGAGUCGUAUUUGAACCUCGCAAGAGAUAAUGAAUUUUUUGGUUACGCAUCAAGUAUAGACUCAAGCAGGGUAGCAGUUGAAAUGCACGCCACGGAUUCGUACCAGAACGUGCUCUUCUCGAUUCUCCGCUUCCGCCUACACACGGGCAGAUACCCAGACCAGGUAACAGUAGUGACGCACGAGUUCAAGCGGGAGCGGUUUAUGAGUUGCCAUUUUCCUGCUGUGGGGCUGGACAAGCCCGGGAGUGGGAAUGUUAUUGGGAUUAACCCGCCGGAGGAGGUAACACCAUUGAAAGAGCUGCUGGACGGGGAGGAAAAAAGAGGACUUGGGUUGUGGAAGCGUGAUACGUAUGGUGUUGGGGCUGAGUUGAAGGAAAAGAGGAUGAAGCGGGGGUGGGUUGACGGCUUGGAGAAGGGGCUGUGGGUUGGUGUAGGGUUGGAGCCCGUGGUGGAGGAGUUGGUCCAUUGGAAUGGGGGAAGUACAGGGAACGAGUUGUUUCCUAAUAUAAUGGAAUUGCCAUGGUGCAGAAACAUGAAGUACUGA